UGUGUGUGUUGUAAAGGGUUACGGAUUGGAGAUGCAGAAAGGACAGUUUCGAGGAAGUGACGGACGAGACUCGGGGGCCUGGUCAGAGGAAGUUUGCUCGGUGGUGGUACCGUGCUGCUGAACGAAACUUUUCCCCCUUUGAGCUCAGCGGCACCGUGGAUCGAAACGGGACCGAUCCAGCGGCGGAGGGAGCGUUUGUUUCCUCGCCACGACGAGCAACACUGAGGAAUAACUUAAAGGGUUGAGAGGUGGGGGGAAAAAAAAAAAAAAAAAGGGGGAAUCGCAGAGGAAUUUCACUCCCACAACCAAGCCCCCCUUUUUUCUUCUCUUCCCCGCGCCUCCUCAGUUUUGUAUUUUUCUGGGAUCCGCGAUGGGGAAGGAGCAGGAACUUCUGGAAGCGGCGCGGACGGGAAACCUGGCCGCAGUGGAGAAGCUUUUAUCCGGGAAGCGACAGUCCGCUGGCACGGGCAGCGGAUCGUCUGGGACCGGUGGAAGCGGCAACAGCGGCGGGCACGGCGCCUCCUCUCAUCCGCUCUCCAGCCUGCUCAGUAUCUGGAGAGGCCCUAAUGUGAACUGUGUGGACAGCACUGGAUACUCCCCCCUCCACCACGCUGCUCUCAAUGGACACAGCGAGGUGGUGGAGGCGCUGCUACGAAACGAGGCCUUGACCAACAUCGCCGACAACAAGGGCUGCUACCCUCUCCACCUGGCUGCGUGGAAGGGUGAUCAACAUAUCGUCAAACUACUCAUUCACCAAGGACCUUCACACCCCAAACUCAACGAGCAGAGCUCUGUAGACCAUAAAGAGUUCAAACGCUGUGGGCCCUUUGACCCCUAUAUUAAUGCCAAGAACAAUGACAACGAGACGCCGCUGCACUGUGCCGCCCAGUACGGCCACUCGAGGGUCGUUCAGCUGCUGCUGGAGGAGCUGACGGACCCCACCAUGAGGAACAACAAGUUCGAGACCCCUCUGGACCUUGCUGCUCUGUAUGGCCGCCUCGAGGUGGUCAAGCUUCUGCUCUGCGCGCACCCCAACCUGCUCAGCUGCAACACCAAGAAACACACUCCGCUGCAUCUGGCCUCUCGGAAUGGCCACCUUUCUGUGGUGGAGGUACUGCUGGACGCUGGCAUGGACAUUAACUACGAGACGGAGAGAGGCAGCGCUCUCCACGAAGCAGCCUUGUUUGGGAAAGCGGAUGUGGUGCAGAAACUCCUCGGUGCAGGUAUCAACGUGAACAUCCUCGACCAGAAGGGCCUGACAGCGCUGGACACUGUCAAGGACAUGCCCUCACAGAAGAGCAGAGAGAUCGUUGCUCUCGUACUAGGUCACAUGACUGGAAAACCCCCUGACAUUGACCUUCCCCCUCCACCAAUCCCUCCGCCUCAGGAGAGUCCUAGCCCGAGGAGAAAGGGUGAUCUUGACAAGGUGAGUGAGUUGAUCUCUGGGCUGGCCCCGGGGCCCGAGGAGGAGAGUCCGUACGAGGCUCUGUUUGAAGCCACCUCCUGCCACUCUCUGGACAGCCUCACCAGCGGCAAAUCGUCCGACAGGGAUUCUGGACGGCCGGAUAGUGAAGCUGGCAAGAAAGAUCGCCUGGCUCACUCGUCACAUCCUGGUCCCGGUCAUGAAGAAGAGGCGCUUUAUACAAACAGCAGCAUAGCUGAGAGAGGCGAGCAGGUGGAGGAGGAAGAGGAGGAUCACACAUACGAGUUGCUGCUGACGGCUCAGACCAAAAUCCCCCCGCCCAGCCAGGAGUCCAGAUCCAGUAAAGAUGAGAAAACCACUACACAGUCUUCCAACAGUGUCCUACCUCAGCGUAAACCCACUGCCCCAAAUGACCUCAGAGCCCCUAGCAAAACGAAAGACACCCUGCACCCUCCUGGGCGGGUGGGCCCAAAAGCUUCAGGAGAUAACUCCCAGCUCAGCGGGGAUCAGGGAGCAGGUGUCCCGGAGCAGUUCACGGGCCUCCUGCACGGAUCCUCCCCUGUCUUCGACUGCCAGGAGGAGCCCUUAAGGCUUCCAGGUGUCCAGCCAGAAUCGAGAAAGCCUGCCAAAGUAAAGGAGGAAAAGGCAAAGACGGGAGCAGCUGCGCCAACACCGAGCCGUCCUAGCAUGGCCGCCAUCCUGACAGACUGUGAUCCAAAAGCGAUUUAUGCCACUGUGAACAAGGAGCCCAGGGACUCCUCAGGGGCCGGGGCUGCCGUGAGGAUGCGUCCUCCUGGAGACCUGAAGCUGGCACGCAGCCUCUCCAAGUCUGACUCAGACCUGCUCGUGUCGCCUCCUAGCGAGGAGGACGGGGGAUUGGGAAACCGGAGCGAGUCUGUUUCUAAUUGUAGCACCGGCAAGAAGAGGCUGGAGAAGUCUCCAUCUUUCACCUCCGAAUGGGACGAGAUCGAGAAGAUCAUGACGCUGAUUGGCGCUGGCAUCGAUUUCUCCAGAGAUCAGCAGUAUGCUACACCAGGUGCUGCGGGCCGGCUGCUGGAACAGCCUGUGGGGGACUGGCUGGAGCACGUGGGGCUUCCUCAGUACGAGAGCAAACUGCUCCUGAAUGGUUUCGACGACCUGCACUACAUGGGGAGCAAUGUCAUGGAGGACCAGGACCUGAGAGAGAUCGGGAUCACGGAUCCGAGCCACAGGAAGAAGAUCCUGCACGCGGCACGUUCGUUGCCCAAGGUGAAAGCUCUGGGCUGUGACGGCAGCAGCUCCCUCUCCUCUUGGCUGGAGAAUCUGGGCCUGCACGAGUACUUGCACAACUUCCUGGCCAGCGGAUACCGCUCUCUGGACUGUGUCAAAAACCUGUGGGAGCUGGAGAUUGUCAAUGUGCUAAAGAUCUCCCUACUUGGUCACAGGAAACGCAUCAUUGCCUCAUUAGCGGAAAGACCCUAUGAGGAGCCUCCAGUGAAGCCUCCUCGAUUGUCUCAAAUCAGGUGCCAAGACCUUCCUGGAUCCCAGUCCUCGUCCCCUCUCAGUCAGAUGGAGUCCUACUCCGGUCGUUCGAUGGACCCUCUGCUGCCAAUCGCAGAAUCAGGGAGGAAAAAAGUGCCAGAAACCGACUAUGACGUUACCCAAAGAUAUCGCAGUGAACGACACAGAUCACACGAACGGUACGACGAACGGCAUCGAGAGCCUCGCCUGACCCUACGGCCGCCUAGUCUGGCAGCACCGUACGCUCCGGUCCAGAACUGGCAUCAUCAGCCUGAGAAGCUCAUCUUUGAAUCCUGCGCCUACGAAGCCAAUUACCUCGGUUCCAUGCUUAUCAAGGAUCUUCGGGGUACUGAGUCCACGCAGGAUGCCUGUGCCAAAAUGCGGAGGUCGACGGAGCAAAUGAGAAAGGUCCCCAGCAUUGUCCUCUCGAUAACCUACAAGGGUGUGAAGUUCAUCGAUGCGGCCAAUAAGAACAUCAUUGCGGAGCACGAGAUCCGAAACAUAUCAUGUGCCGCCCAGGACCCAGAGGACUUGUGCACAUUUGCUUACAUCACCAAGGACCUGCAGACCAGCCACCACUACUGCCACGUGUUCAGCACAGUAGACGUGAACCUGACCUAUGAGAUCAUACUGACCCUCGGCCAGGCGUUCGAGGUGGCCUAUCAGCUGGCUCUGCAGGCACAGAGGACCAAACAGAACCAGCACCUCCCAGUGGGACCCGGCUCAGAGGUUAUUGAGACCAAGUCCAGCCGACCUGUUCCCAGACCAAGAGGCAGUGUACGGAAGUCGGCGGGGGACCUCGUCGAACAGGAGGGGGAUUCUCAGUCCCAGGGCAGCACCACGUGGCUCGUGGACCCAAAGGAAUCCAAGCGCACUAUCAGCACUAACUGAACACUGUGGCCACUUCCAGCCAGUAAGAAAAGAGGACAGGAAACAAAAUGAGCCCUGUUGCAUGCUGGGUAGGACGGUUUCUGUUGAAAAAGUGACCUACAUCGAAUGCAUCAGGUUGCACCACUAGUUGGAUCGAGAUCACUGCAGAAACACAGGACCUGGAGCCCUGCGAGGCUGAUCAGUUCAUCUGACCUCGCUCACAUAGACACGGCAGACACACACACACACACACACACACACACACACACACACACACACACACACUCCUCCAUUUAACUUUUAGUACGUAAGAAAGUGAUGGUUGAUCCAGGCAAACUAUUUGUUUUCUCAUAAACUGUUGCCUCCUUGUUCAUGAAAGUACGGUGGCUGACUAGGACAAACACCCGGCAAUGGCCAAAUGAUUUUUAUUAGAAGACAAAGGCUGCAAAAGCGCUCCAGGUCUGCAGGGGGCGCACAUGGGAACUGGAAUUUGGCUUAACAUGUUUAAUGUAGAAAACCCUUCACACAGGAGAUCAGCUUUUGCCCUCGUCAGCCACUGAAUGUAAAUCUUCUCUUUCAGGACGUGUAGCUGCAAUGUUUUAAUACUGAACGUUUAGUUGAAAGGGGAAACUUUGUUUUGCAAUGCUUCAAAGGUACAAGCUCAAAGAGAAAGACCUUACACUGUAGGUACACACUCCUUCCUGUUGCAAUAUGUUGUAGCAUAUCUUUAUGACCGUCAGCCUAUCUUCCACAAACUACACACAAAACUGUGAUUAAACAAUAUAAUCUUGCACAGGAGGAACUCUCAUAACGAACUUAAAGGGCAGAGGAACUGACACUACAAAGACUGUUUGAUAUUGAUAGUAAUAAUAAUGAUGAUAUAAUAUAACAGGGGGUGGCUUUUAUUUGAUUUGAAAGUCUUCUCUUCUUCUUUUUUUUUAUGUUUUAAUUGUUUUAUAGGACAAUUGUGUGUCCUAACGCUGUAACUGGAUGAGGUGUGGUUCACUGCAGUUCUCCCUCUCAAUCCCCUGCUUCCUUUGUUCCAUUAAUCCCGACAAGUUUAAUCACCAAACCCUGCCAUGCAGGCUGCUACGUCAUUAGAUUUUAGCCGCAGAACAGAACAACAGGUCACACAGCAUGUUUCUCCUAGCUAACUCCCCUGUAUGUUGACUGUUAAUGGUACUUUUUGUUCGUUGGAUGUGUAUAUGGGUACAUAUGAUUUAACUGUUGCGUAUGUGGUACGUUGUCAGGCCAGUACGAUAACUCUACGGUACACUGUCUCCAGCUGGCUGCUGUCGGCACCUUCAGCCAUCAGCCUGGGCCCCUUCUGCUUUUGCACAUUGCUGAGGAUCAGGAGAGAUAUUAUCGCGACUAAUCUGAUGACGUCAAUGAUGAGAAUGAUAUUGUACAUGAAUCUAGCGCUCUGUAUUUUGAUACUUGAAUGAAUUUUUGCUUUUAUAGAUAUCUAAAUAUAUAUAUAUAUGUAUAUGUAUGUAUGUAUGUACGUAUGUAAUUUUUGACGCUGGUCAAAAGAGAGAAAAGGACUAUGUCUUAUAAAGUUAAACAUAUCGUGAAUAAAUACCCUGUGAUUUAAGAAAAAAAAAAAAAAGGCUGAGAUAACGAUGACUCAGAAGAGGGACCUCACUUCAGAAAAAAAAAGAUUGUAAAUAAUCUUGGGCUUCCAGUCUUUUUUUAUGAUUAUUUUUCAUAAUUGUACAACUAAUAAAUGGCGCUAUUAGAAAUUCUG